AUGUCUUCAAAACAUGUUAUUAUUGUUAUUAUUAGUCAUCUAUUUACAAAAUUCUUAAAAACUUUCUUACUCCUUAUUAGUUUCAUACUCCACAAAGCAGAUUCCGGCUACAACAACAAUUCUAUUGGAACAUCAAUAUUCCAACGACCUUAUCAUUAUGAUCAGAUUGUAUCUUCGUUGCAGAAACUCCCUCUAGAAGGCUCCUUAAGCUUAAGUAACAACGACGCGGUCGCCAGUGACUUUGGAAACAUAUACCAUUUCCCUCCUCUAGCAGUCCUUAACCCGGUAUCAGUAUCCGACAUAUCACGUGCCAUAAAGCACGUGAUGGAAUUAUCUGAACCGGGUCUAAAGGUCGCUGCUAGAGGACACGGACAUUCCCUCCAAGGGCAGUCACAAGCAGAAGGAGGCAUAGUGAUCAACAUGGAGUCACUGGCUGAAAAAACAGCAGCAGUAGUGGUAGUUAACAAUGGAGAAUUUGUUCCAUAUGUGGAUGUUUCAGCGGGUGAGUUAUGGAUUAACAUUCUGCAUGAGACUCUUAAGCAUGGUUUAGCACCGAAAUCUUGGACGGAUUAUCUUCAUCUCACUGUUGGUGGAACUCUAUCAAAUGCUGGAAUAAGUGGUCAAGCUUUCAGGCAUGGACCCCAGAUCAAUAACGUCUUUCAGCUUGAAGUUGUUACAGGGAAAGGAGAGGUGGUUACAUGCUCAGAGACAAGAAACACAGAGCUCUAUUACAGUGUUCUUGGAGGGCUUGGCCAAUUUGGAAUCAUCACUAGGGCAAGGAUUUCUCUUGAAGCAGCACCUAAGAUGGUGAAAUGGAUUAGGAUGCUGUACUCAGAGUUUUCAAUGUUUGCAAGGGACCAAGAGCAUUUGAUAUCUCUUGAGAACACAUUUGAUUAUAUUGAAGGAUUUGUGAUCAUAAAUAGAACUGGGAUCCUUAAUAAUUGGAGAUCUUCUUUCAACCCCAGAGACCCACUUCAGGCCAGCCAAUUCAUUUCAGAUGGAAGAACCUUCUAUUGUCUUGAGGUGGCAAAAUAUUUCAACCCAGAUGAAUCUCAAUUCAUGAAUCAGAUAGUUGAGAAUUUGUUGUCAGAGCUGAGUUACAUUCCAUGGACACUCUUCCAAUCAGAAGUUUCUUACGUGCAAUUCCUAGAUAGAGUGCAUGUUUCUGAGAAACAGUUAAGAUCAAAGGGAUUAUGGGAAGUUCCACACCCUUGGCUAAACCUUCUAAUUCCAAGGACUCACAUUCAUCACUUUGCUCAAGAGGUCUUUGGCAAUAUCCUCAAAGACACAAGCAAUGGCCCCAUACUCAUCUACCCUGUCAACCAAACACGGUGGAACAGGAAAACAUCUUUGGUAACGCCAGAGGAGGAUAUAUUUUACCUAGUGGCAUUUUUAUCUUCAGCAAUGCCAUUAGCAAGAGGCUCAGAGAGCUUAGAACACAUCCUAACACAAAACAAAAGGAUCCUAGAAUUUUGCACAAAUGCCAAGCUUGGAGUGAAGCAGUAUCUCCCACAUUACACCACACAGGAAGAGUGGAAAGCACACUUUGGAUCAAAAUGGGAAGCAUUUGUGCAAAGAAAAACAGCAUAUGACCCACUAGCACUGCUUGCCCCUGGCCAGAGAAUCUUUCAAAAGGCAUUGUCUACCUCUUGUUAGUCCCCUUUUUUUUUCUUUUUUUCUUUUUUUAGUGAGU